UUCCGAUUGAGAACGCGAUAAGACGGGGAAAAAACACUUGCACUUAUUUUACGACAUUCAUUGUGUUUAAAUUUGCAACUUUGGAGUUUUCAUCAAUUAAUCUUUGCGCAAAACUUCAUUUAAACGGUCGAAAUCGCAUUGUUAAGAACGACUGAGCUGCCUAGUUAAGAUGUUAGCGAAAUUCCUUAUCCUCUUCGGAAUAUGUGCGGUACUUAUGGUGAAUUUGAAUAUUGUGCAAGCAAGAGACUCCGUUUGCCAGUUGCCAGCUGUAACUGGAAGAUGUCGCGCCUUUUUCAGGAGAUACUACUAUGACACCAAAACGAAGAAGUGCCAAUUGUUCGUCUAUGGGGGAUGCGAUAGUAAUGGGAACAACUUUCUCACGAGAGCCGAUUGUGAGAAACGGUGUAAAACUUAAAUAUUAGAAAAACGGUUUGGCAUGCGGUGAUGAAAAUUAAACGCGUUUAAAUGUUUGGAA